AUGAUCAUGAAAAAAGCCUUCUCCAGUCUUUUCACUCUUGUACUUGUGGCUACUGUGUCUGCGAAGUGCGGCCAACCACCGUCGUCAUCCUCCACACUUGCUGCGACCUCAACGUCCUCUUCUCCCGUGGGAGCUGUUACGAAUGUAGCAUCGGCCAGCGGUUACCUUCAGAUCGCGUCUGGUAGCGCGUCCUUCACUUCCUAUACUGGAUGUGGCUCUCCAGCUUGCGGCAAGACUGCAAACGGGUAUACUGUCGCUGUAUCGCAGCUGACGUUCGGUUCGGAACCCGGCCUCGGCGCUGGAGACGUCUGCGGUCGCUGCUUCGCAAUCACUGCGACGUCGGAUCCGUACUCCCCGUCAUACACUGGCCCCUUCAAUACUAUCGUUGUCAAGGCCACGGACAUGUGCCCGUCUUCGGGAAAUGGCGAGUGGUGUGGCCAAUCCGAGUCAAAUCCUGUCAAUGAGCACGGCGCGCAGGUCCAUUUUGACUUGUGCCAAGACACUGGCGCUGCAGGCGCCUUUUUUCCAUCUGGUCAUGGCGCUCUUACAGGCUCCUUUGAGGAAGUUUCGUGUGCCGAGUGGUCCGGCUCUGACGGCAGCGACCUCUGGAAUGGCGCUUGCCUGUCAGGCGAGAGUGCUGGUCUCUGGCCCGGUACCACCGGAUGUGGCAACCAAGGUACUCCUCCUUAG